AUGACCGGCGAUGGGCAGGGUUUUGGGCGCCGUUCGUCGGUUUCCCAGCAGCGUCGACUCUCGCAGCAGUUCAGAGGGAAUGCCUGGCAGGGACCACCAUCGGAUACCAUCUAUGCCGGUGUCUCCGGCUACCUUUCAGACCACCACCCGUCGACUGUGGCCAUCGCGAUACGCGAUACAACGUAUCUACUAGACUUCAUUGAGAAAGUGUUCGAGCCCGAGAAUCGCAAAACAUGCGCUCAAACGGCAGUCGAGUUUAUUAUCAGCGAGCUGAAGACGUACACCGAGAAGCACCUCGAGAAGAUCAUUGGGCUGGCAAUGCCUCGAGUGCUCGCAGGCCAGUGUCCAACGCUUUGUUCCCGUCUGUGGGCAGAACUCGACAUUAUCCCCUUGGUCUUGUCGGGAUCCAGCGUGCUAGAUCGGUUCGCAACGUGGGAGUCCCCAGAGGCCAAGGCGUGGGAUUCGAGAACCAUUGAUGAACAAGCCGAGUCCAUGGCGCGGAAAUGUGUUCGGCUAUUCGGACCAGAGAAUAUCCCAUUGCUGCAAGUGGGCUUCAUGGGCAUCGUCGAGGUCGACACGAAUUUUCGUGUGCGUCUGACGAACAUCAACGAUUUCAAGAAAACCGUAUCUUCGCACACAUGGUCGGCCGUGGAGCACUACGCCGCGGACCUAAAGCACCGAAAGGUCAAGAUUGCUUUCUUCAGCGCCACGCCUCAGGGUGGAGGAGUGGCAUUGAUGAGGCAUGCUCUUUUGCGGUUCUCUCAUUAUCUGGGCACCGACAUGAAAUGGUACGUUCCAAAGCCACGACCAGGGGUCUUUCGAGUUACCAAAACCAACCACAAUAUCCUCCAAGGCGUCGCCCAUCCAGGAGACCGCUUGACCGUUGACAACCAGCGGUUAUUGCAUGACUGGAUUGAGGAGAAUUCAAAGCGAUAUUGGAGUUGCUCCGGCGGACCUCUGGUUCCGCCGUCGGAGGGUGGUGCCGAUGUGGUGGUCAUUGAUGACCCGCAGAUGCCAGGGCUCAUUCCCAUCGCGAAACGCUUGGCCCCGGACCGGCCUGUAAUCUUCCGUAGCCACAUUCAGAUCCGAAGCGAUUUAGUUGAGCAAUCUGGCACACCACAAGCAGAAUCGUGGGAAUUUCUGUGGAGUCAGAUCAGGCUCGCCGACUGCUUCAUCAGCCACCCGGUGAGCGCAUUUGUGCCGCGGGAUGUGCCCCCAGAGACUGUGGGCUUCAUGCCGGCAUCGACCGACUGGCUGGAUGGGUUGAACAAGCACAUGCGAGACUGGGAUGUGGCGCAUUAUGGCCGCAUCUUCAAUGCAGCAUGCAGGAAUACGGACAUGCCGACAAUCCAGUACCCAGAAGAUCAAUACAUCGUGCAAAUUGCACGGUUCGACCCGUCCAAGGGCAUCUUCGAUGUGCUGGACUCGUACGAGAAGUUCCACAACCGGUUGGCUGCCGAACGGCCCGACCUGACUCCUCCGAAGCUGUUGAUCUGCGGACAUGGCUCGGUCGAUGACCCGGACAGCACGAUAAUCUAUGAUGAGUUGAUCGACCACCUGGAAAACAAAAUCCCAUAUAUCCGAGAGCAGAUCUGUCUGAUGCGGUUGCGCCCUUCGGACCAGGUUCUAAAUGCAAUUCUCUCCAAGGCGACGAUCGCGCUGCAGCUGUCGACGCGCGAAGGCUUUGAGGUGAAGGUUUCCGAGGCGAUCCACAAAGGCAAGCCGGUCAUUGCCACUCGUGCCGGCGGGAUCCCGCUGCAAGUCGAAAACAGCAAGAAUGGAUUCCUGGUCGAUGUCGGUGACACCGAUGCCGUGGCCCAGCAUCUGUACGAGCUGUGGACCGACACAGCGCUGUACCGCCGCAUGUCCGAUUAUGCGAUUAGUCACGUUUGCGAUGAGGUCAGCACUGUCGGCAAUGCUCUGAAUUGGCUCUUCCUCGCGUCCAUGCUGUCCAGCGGUCGGCCUGUGCGGCCGCAUAGACGCUGGAUCAAUGACCUGGCCUUCGAGGAAAUUGGAGUCUCUGUGGCAGAUAUCUCACGGCUCACACGAGCAGUCGAGGUCGAAAAAAUGGGAUGA